AGGUGAAAUCCCGUGAAUAUGGAUGUAUCUGGUGGAUAAAUACAAACAAUUACGCGCUACUCGCUGUCUCAUCUAAUAGCAAUAUAAGAACACAAGUGGGGAUUUUUUUUUAUGGGCUUUAUAUAAACAAAUUGCAGAGGACGGCGUUAUUCACAAAAUCUAUAUCGGACAAAGUCAUGUAUCUACUGGAUGUGAUGAGAUGAAGAAUUCCUAGGAAAAUCUUUGCCAUGUAAAUUAAAAGGCAAAAUAUUUUUUAACCAGUGCUAGCAAUGGAGAGCAUGAACAGUGGAUCGAGGCAGGGAUUUUCUUUGUUAAUUGGAAUGUUCGUUAGUCGCUACCUUUCUGUUGUCAGUACCUGCAGCUUUUGAUGAAUUGGUGGCCUCAGGUGUGUGAAGAAAAUGAAUAAAGUAGUGCCAUUAAAAGUGGCAAAGAAAGAUGUUGGGAAACCAAAGGAAGAAAAAGAGACAGUAAAACAACAAAGCAAAAAACCAGAGGAGCAGAAGGCAACAUCUUCAGAGGCUGAAAAGUCGACAAAAUCAACAAAAAGUUCUGGAGAAUCCCCUCGGACUCAUGCGUCAUUCCUCAGUUCUGAGCACCAGAAAUCCAUAAGUAUCAAAAUCAGUGAAUUCCUCCACCCCAAUGCUCCAGACAUUUCCACAUCAUCUGAGCAACUCCUCGAGACCGUUCAGCUAAAACCUCUUCGGGGUGGUCUUGCUAAUCCGUCUUUUUCGAUUGAGAAUGCCAGUGACAGCAGCUCUCCUCGAAACUCCUCCAACAUCUUCUCCUUUGAGGACAGUGAUAUUGAGGAGCUCAGUAAUACGAGGAGAAGAAUUGUGAGGAAUGUCAGUGAGAGCAAGCCCUUGGAGGAAGGACUCAGACCAGGGGACAAGAUCAUCUGUGUUCAACCCGCGAAAACUGUCUUGACCCCCGGCAACAAAAAUUCUGAGGGAGGAGGACAACUUCAUGUGCCCAGAUUUUCUGAAGUACGUCGUCCAAGUGAUCCCACGUCCUUAAACAGUGAGAGCAAGUUGUUAAACCAAUCCUCCCCACCGACCAUUCCUAAUGGAAAUACUGACGCCUUCCUUUACACUUCUCCUACAGAUGCUAAACAGCUGCCUCCAGCUAGUCCUGGUUUCUAUGGAAACUCCAAAUAUGACCUUCAACCUCCGCCAAGUCCUGGCCUACUCAGCAUUAACUCGGCUUGGAGUGAACUGGCCAAACUACACUCCCGGAGGUCAUCUUAUGGCGAUUUCUCCGACACAAGAAGUAACAGUUUAUCAAAUGUGAGCAGCAGUCUAAGUCAGUACCUCCAUGAUCUGGUACGCGCCUUCUCGAGCCGCACAGAGAAGAUCAAGGAGAAUACGAUCCAACCCCCCACCCCCUCCUCGCUGUCGGAGGUUGAUGCACUGUCAGAGGCCAACUCAGGCAUAUUUGAUGAUCAACUGAAUGCAUCGAUCAACACAGUUUCAACCAUAUCUGUGGCAGAGGAUGACGCGGCCAGACAGAAUAGAAUCAACAAUUUUUACCCGGACCACUUAAAGCUGGGACCGGACGGUCUGCCCACAGAAGAGGAGAUAGACAAGUUCUACAUGGACUGGGGGUGCUGUAAGUCCCCCCUCCCCAACUGUUGCAAACAGCUCCAGUUUCCAUCCAUCUUAGAGCCUCAGAGUAAAAUAUACAUGUGCUGGCUUGCACUGGUCACCUUGUGUUUUACCUACAAUGUGUCCGUGAUUCCGCUGAGAGGAAUCUUCCCGUACCAGACUCCAAGUAAUGUGACAUACUGGCUCAUCUGUGACUAUAUCAGUGAUUUAGUGUACCUGUUGGAUAUUCUUGUUUUUAAACCAAGACUGACAUUCCUAAACAGUGGCCUACUGGAGAGAGACAUGAAACUAACCAAAAAGAAUUAUAUGAAGAAAAAAAUGUUUAAGUUUGAUGUCCUUUCAUUGAUACCUUUGGAUCUAUUCUACCUCAAAGUUGGAGUUGUUCCCUGGCUUAGGUUGCCCAGGUAUCUGAAAAUUCAGACUUUCUGGGAGUUUUUUGAGCGCUGCGAUCAGGCAGUGAGAUCGGCUCAUAUUCUUAGGAUUAUCAAGACUAUGAUAUACAUGCUGUUCCUGAUUCAUGUGGAGACUUGUGGAUAUUACGCAAUGUCUGUGUACGAGGGGAUCGGCAGUAACAGAUGGGUCUAUAAUGGAGUCGGCAAUGCUUAUAUUCGGUGCUUUUAUCUGGCUACAAAGACAGCAACAUCCAUCGGGAACAACCCUCAACCGACCAAUGUGAAGGAGUAUGUCUUUAUGACUGUGUACUGGGUGUCAGGCGUGUUUGUCUUUGCUCUUUUGAUUGGUCAGAUUCGAGACAUUGUGGAUGCUGCAGGCAGAGUUAAGGCCCUUUACAACAAGAGAAUGGAUGCUGCUAUUUGGUAUGUCAAGAACUUGAAUCUGCCCAAAGAGACGCAAGAAAAAGUCAGGACCUGGUUCAUUUACAACUGGCAGCAGCAAAAGAUUUUAGAUGAGAAAGUACUGAUGAACACCUUGCCAAAGAACCUGCGAACAGAUCUUGCCAUCCAUGUUCAUUUUAACACACUGAGUAAAGUCAAGCUGUUUCAAGAUUGUGACAAGACCCUCCUGUUUGAUCUAGUGCUAAAACUGAAGCCCAUCCUCUAUCUGCCAGGGGACUAUGUCUGCAGAAAGGGAGAAGUGGGCAAGGAGAUGUACAUUGUGAGCCAAGGUCAUGUGGAUGUAGUGGGAGGACCAGACAACUCCAUCGUCUUGGCAACACUCAAAGAGGGCAGUGUCUUUGGAGAAAUAAGUUUGCUGGCACUAAGUGGAGGGGAAGGAAAUAGACGGACAGCAGAUGUGGUCUGUAAGGGAUUCACCAACCUCUUCAUUCUCUCAAAGGGGGAUUUUGAGGCAGCCAUGUCGGAAUAUCCUGAGGCUCACAGACACAUGAAAAAGAGGGCCAAAAAAUUGUUAAGACAGAAUGCAAAAUUAGCCAAAGAAAGUGCUGAAUCUUUAGGGAGCACUCCGGUGGAUGAAAUCAUCAAAUCAACAUCAGUCAUCAGUCGAACUCCAAAAAUGGUUCAGACUGUCAUGCAGGUGAUGGAUCCUGACUCUGACAUAAUGAAGAAAUUAUGCCACAAGUCACAUGACAGUGAUGGCAGUAACACACAAGACACAAAGGAGACGGAGACCACGGGGAGAGGGCUACCCACAGACCAGGAAGUGGAGGACUUUUAUAAUGAGAUGCUGACUGUGGAGGUACCUGUGCCUACCCCUGGACCCAGGCGCGAAAACUCGCUGAAGAAAGGCAUUGGUAAACUGAAGAAAGAGGACACCACAACAACAGAGCAGAGCGAGGAGUCGGCAGACUCAGGAGUUCAGCUGGUGAAAGCAACCAGUCCAACAACUAGUAUAACCAAAACCAUGAGCAACAAGGAGAGUAAGGAGUCGGUGAUAACCUCGGAAAUAACCACCGAGCUGGCCGACAUCUUGGAAGAGACGAGAAGCUGGGUGGAGCAGCAGACCCUUCAUACUCAGAUGAUCAGUGACGGGGGGUACUUGGCCGAGUUCUUUGAGGACAAUCUAACCAAUGAUCCCAAGAAAGAUCCCACUCCUGAUCCCAAGGAUCAUGGUUGUCUUGACAAAAUUGAACUUCAUGGAGAUUUGAAGGUGGAGGAAAAAGAAAUUCAGGUGGACAGUAUUGAUAACUUGUUGAGUAAAAUUGAAGAAGACCAGGGUGCAGAGGGGAAAAAUGUUAAAGAGGCUGGGGACUCAAAUGGUGAUGAGGGUCCCACUGCAACUUUAAAGGAAGAAAAUGAAAUAGUUGAUGUGGAGGGAAAAAAAAGAAAGACUGUCAGUGAGAUGAAUGAAGAAGAAAGGCUGGAAGAUGUGAAAGUUAAAGACAUUAAAGAGACAAAACAGAACCACACUUCUAAUUUAGAGGAAAGUGAAGUCAACAACACUAUAUCUACAGGAGAAAGCAAAACUGAUGCCAAGCCAAAUAAUAUAAUAAACAUAGAAAUCAAAAACAGGGCUUAUUCUGUUAACAGUAACAGCUCAUUGGCUGAAUCUGAAAUAAUGGACACAGAGUCAAAGACAGUUAUAAAACAGGAACCAAAACAGUCAGUGUCAAAACUUUCUCCAUCUGAUGUUCCCAGAAUUCCCUCCAAAAACAGAAUUGUCUGUACAGUUGAGGUCCACCAGCAAAGAAGCAUAACCCCCACCCCUCCCGGGGAGGGGCAGGAAAGGGGAGCAGUGGAGUUACAAAAACAGGGGUCAAACUCCCCCUCCUCCACCCCAAGGGAACUUCAGUAUUUUGAGUCCAGUGUCUAACUUUUCAUGUCCUCACAUGAUUUAAAUAUUAACAUAAAGGUAGACCAGUUUCAUUCUAUCCUCUUGACAAACCUGUACAUGUAAUUGUACAUACAUGUGUAUAUUUUGUGUUAUUUUAUCAUUUUAUGACCAUCAACAAAACCAACAUGUACAAAGCUUGUUAUAUGAUUUUGUCUUUAAUUCACGUAUAAAACCUUGUAAAUCUAGUAACUCUGUAUAUGGGGACUGUGUAUGCCAUCUGUGUGAAAAAAAUAGUUCAAAAUUUAUUUUCAAUGAAUGGCUAGAAAUAUAAAUUUGUCAGAGCAUUCUAAACUGGCUUAGAAUACAAUCCAUGUAUAUUAUAUGGUUUCUAUUGUUAGUACAAUGAUGUACCGGUAUACAGACUUUUGCCAAGUUUUCUUUCCUUUCAUUUCUUCUAUUUAAAAAACCAAAAAGCAGUAAAUAGUCUAUGAACAAAACCAAAUGUAACCAGUAUACUGUUUGAUCUAUGACAUACAUGUACGUGUUUUUAACAUGCACAUAAAGCAACAGACCACAUAACACCAAGAUAAAUUAUGAUGCAUACAGUCCAACUUCAUUAUCUUGAACUAGAUGGGACGGUCUAAAAACUUAGAGAUAUCCGAGUAUUCAAGAUAUCGAAGGUAAAAUCCUUUAAAAAUAUGUGGUUAGGACUCAGAAAUCACUUUGACAUAUCUAUUGUAUUUGAGAUAUCAGUGUUCAAGAUUUCAAAGUUCAUCUGUUAGUAUCUAUAUUAAUUAAUUAGACAUUUGUUAAAAACAAGAUUUAUUGUUUAUUCAAAUACCUUUAAUUAUGUUGAUAAAUAUGCCUUAAUUAUCUUAUUGUUUAUUUCAAUGCCUGUAAUAAAUGAUGUUGAUAUUGUUUAAUUAUAUGCCUUAUAUUUUAUACUUUGAAGUUUACUCUUAGUGGAUUACUUAGGGAUCCACGUAGUUUAAGUAAUACUAGUACUUGUUACCAUUAUAUAAAACCAAUGGAAAGCAAGGACAGACAACAGACUUUCGGCUCUUCUAUUUACCAUUUAAAAGUACUUUUACUCACUUGAUAUGAACAAUUGCAAUGUAAAAAAGAUUAAAAAAAAGAUGUUUAAAAAACAGAAUGAAAAUCUUCUCUUUGGUAAUUCAUUUAAAAUAUAUGAAUGUAAUAAAUGCAGAAAC